UUGGGCUCUUAUCAAAAUUGCUCUUAUAUAACCACCACAGAGAGAUUCCUUGGUUGAUAAUAGUUACGUAACGUUAAAGUUUAAUUGACAAUGCAGAAAUAUCAACAGCUUCACACUAAUGACGACCCGGUUAUAGAGGAACCUCGAAGAUAUUAUACAGUAGGCGAAAUGUUAUCAAGAAUGAUGUUUUUGACUGCAUUAGCAGUAUGUGUCGUCAUCCUAUUAAGCCCAUGGCCUAGGCCUAGCCGUGCUGCAUUCUUUCCCUACCCUUUCCAUGCUUCCUGUCGUGCAAAUUGGACAUUUGGCUUAAACUGUUCAGAGGUCAAUAUGCGACUGGUCAGUCAAGUGAAGAAGUGGAGUAACCGAAGUAACUGUCCCGAGAACAAAGGAGAGAAGUGUUUAUAUGCUGGUCUGGUCUUGACAAAGCACCGAAGUAUUCGGAAAGCACACAUGACGGUGUAUGCACCCAGUACUCCUCAGCUGAUUGUGAACGUUACUAGUUGGCUUGGAUCAUUAUCUAAUUGUUUGAUCAACAUUUAACAUUCUGACUGCCAGGGGUUUGAAAAAGUAGUACCAGCCACCGCCAGACUUUUUCGCAAAUUUUAACACUUUUCCAAAGCCUGUUGAGAGUGCGUAUAUGAUCAGAUUGACAUGCAGUGAAUACUACAAGAACAAUUUAGCUUUACAAUGUUACCAAACACUGUAUUCUAAUCACAAUCUGUGACCCGUAAGAGUAAAAUGAAAAUGACUCACUUCUGGACAUUUACGCAAUUUCGCACAAGGAAGCUGAGAUAAUCGCGAUUUUGUGAAAGUAAAUCAAUACCGCUCUACGCUAAUGUAAGCAAACAAAUAGUGAAAUACUUACGGUCCAGACUGUAUAUAGUGCUAAAAUUGUUAGUACAUGUCGGUAAUUACCUCAUCUAUCGGAAUCCGUAAAAAAAACUGAAACACAGAGAUAUCUGUGUUUGGCGGUCAAGUGUUGUGUUACCACGGGCAGAGUGUUAAUAAUAUUUACGCCAUUCUUACAUAGCGCAUUCCGCAGAGAAAUCCUUAAUGCACUUACAACAAAAAACAAAAAGCAGUAAAUAUACAUUUUCUCAUGUUUAAGUAUAUUAAUAUUAAGAUAUCAUAAUAUUAGAAAUACUUUAUUGUGUAUAAAUUUGUUAAUCAGUUUAAGAUAUUGGAAAAUGAACCCAGUUUUUAAUUUUCGCUUUUUUUGUAUGGUCAACUUACACACACAAGCUAAUAGUAUGUAUUAGAGAAUAUGAUAGUUAUUUUUUUAAUAAUUAAACUAUAAAUUAAUGGAAACUUUGUGGCCUGGUCUGUCUCAAUUUUGUUUGAUAUAUUCUGAUAAACUUUAUAAAAAAUCUGAAGAAUGUUUUUACUGCACCCACACAUGCAGAGUUCAAUAUAUUAAUAUAUAUUAUUUUAAAUUAUUGUAUAUUCUUAGAAAUGCAGCUUCAGAAUUUUUAUAUAAUCUUCCUAUAUCCUGUGCAUUUGCCACUGAUUAUUGACACGCAUAAGUGUUUUCCCACUAAGAACUUUAAUUACAGUAAUUAUUUGGGACAGGGAUAGGUAGUAAUUGGAAUUGGGCCAAAAUUUACAAAUGUUUAUACCAUAAAAUUGGCAAUUGGCACACAAUGAAUCAUUAUUACAGUGAAUCCCAUUUUACGGUUUUUUGUUUUUUUUGUUGACAAUUUAGGUUUUGAAUUAUGAACAUUUCUAAUUGUAUAUUUAAUUUAAGUUUUCGAUAUAUCAUGUUUAGAUGGAAUUUUUUAAAAAUAGUGCACUACUACUGUAAUAACGUUGCAGUUUAGAUAUCAGAACGUUUUUUUUUUUGUACGCUUUUAUAACCUAAUUUCUGAGGACAUGAGGUUUAAAACGUUGCUACAAUGUUGUGGUAAUGUUAUUCUUUUACAUACUAAGCACAACAUUCAAAACGUUCGCGAAUGUUAUAGUAACGUUUUGUAGCAACAUUUUAUUUUGUGUGUCUAAUUUGUAAAUAAAACUUGUCAUUUUAGUUUA